ACUCAGCUCUCUGUGUAUCUGUUUCUGUCUCUGGAUGUUUACUACGGUUUGUUCUUCCUUCUCUUUUGUUGUCUCAGAUGACGCCACGGAUAAAGAUCUGUCAGACCUGGUGUCAGAGAUGGAGAUGAUGAAGAUGAUUGGGAAACACAAAAACAUCAUCAACCUGCUGGGAGCGUGCACGCAGGACGGUCCUCUGUACGUCCUGGUGGAAUACGCCUCCAAAGGUAACCUGAGGGAGUACCUGCGGGCGCGGCGGCCACCAGGCAUGGACUACUCCUUCGACACCUGCAAAAUCCCCGACGAGCAGCUCACCUUCAAAGACCUGGUGUCAUGUGCCUACCAGGUGGCCCGAGGCAUGGAGUACCUCGCCUCGCAGAAGUGUAUCCACAGAGACCUGGCAGCCAGAAACGUCCUUGUGACAGAGGACAACGUUAUGAAGAUCGCCGACUUCGGUCUCGCCAGAGACGUGCACAAUAUAGACUACUACAAAAAGACCACCAACGGUCGUCUGCCUGUGAAAUGGAUGGCUCCGGAGGCUCUGUUCGACCGGGUCUACACGCACCAGAGCGAUGUGUGAGUUUGCACAAACCCACCGUCACAUGCCAGCUGCCCGCUCAUGUGGAGCCGCCGUUCACCGGAGGAAUCCGGGUGUUGAAAUAUCGUGACUGAGCGUGUUAGCAUCAAACGCUGAGUUUGUGCGUGUGAAUAUGGAAUGGUAGCGUUCCCUUAGCGCUCACUGUCAUCUGCACUCACUCUGUAAUCCUGAGCUUCUUGUGUAUCGGCGGCGCCACAUUCCUCGCCGCGUUUGUUCUUUAAUCUCCCAACGCGACAUCACAGAGACAGAAACACAACGAGCCUCCACCACUCACUGCUGUUUUCUGAGCGUAGAUCCAAGAACAGACGGAGAUAAGAGGGUUUAUCAGGUGCUAUGAAUCCAAUGUGCCCCAGAACAGACGGCGAUAAAAGGGUCAG